GUUAGAUCAGCAUCAAUCUGCCCUGAACGCAAAACCAGCAGCACAAGCAGGCAGGAUACGGAAGAGCCAUCAGGCGGCUGUGUUGACACUGAAGGACCUGAGCUGGGAUCGUCUGCUUAUGUGCUUUAAUUCAGUGUAAAAUGUCCUGAGGAUGUGCGCUCUUUAAAAAAAUAUAUAAAAAAAAAACCCCACCCUCUAAGCCACCAGCCUUCCAAUCCCCACUCCAGCCUCCCCCCUUUAAUGCGUCCAGGACUGCAGUGCUCUGAUACAGAAGUGUGGAGAGAGAGUGUGUGUGUGAGAGAGAUAGAGAGAAAAAGAGGGAGGGAGAAGAGAGAGGGUAAAACCUGUAACCUGUAAGGACAAUCUCCCAGGCUGGGUGUGAGGAGAGAGAGAAAGUGACCCGUGAGGACUGCUCUGAGUCGGGCGCGUUGGGGGCAAGGGGAGGGAGAGGGGGCGAGGAUGUCGCGGGCAGACAUGGCGAUUAACAGCGAGGUGGGAGACUGGGGCGGGAGCGAUGACCCAGGCGAGCGGGCGUGGCUGCUUCAGAGCCCCAGCGUGGAGACGCGAUCCGCCCAGGAGCCCGAAACACAGCGGCGGGGGGGCACCUCUGCCACUGGCGCCAUCUUCAUCGUGGUCAACGCCGCCCUGGGGGCCGGCCUGCUCAACUUCCCCGCAGCCUUCAACACGGCUGGGGGCGUGACCUCUGGAGUCGUCCUGCAGAUGUGCAUGCUGGUCUUUAUCAUCAGCGGGCUGGUGAUCCUGGCCUACUGCUCCCAGGUCAGCAAUGAGACCACCUACCAGGAGGUGGUGCGUGUGGUGUGCGGCCGCGUGACCGGUGUCAUCUGCGAGGUGGCCAUCGCCGUGUACACCUUUGGCACCUGUAUCGCCUUCCUCAUCAUCAUCGGGGAUCAGCUGGACAAGCUGAUUGCAGCCAUGGCCCAUGAGCCGGAGGGAGAGCUCAGCACUGCGUGGUACACCGACCGCAGGUUCACCAUCGUCCUGACCUCCGUGCUGAUCAUCCUGCCCCUCUCCAUCCCCAAAGAGAUCGGCUUCCAGAAGUAUGCCAGUGCGUUGAGUGUCCUCGGCACCUGGUACGUCACCAUUGUGGUCAUCAUCAAGUACAUCUGGCCAGACAAGGAGGUUACCCCAGGGUUCAUCCCCACCAGUCCCUCCUCCUGGACGGCCGUCUUCAACGCUAUGCCCACCAUUUGUUUCGGCUUCCAGUGCCAUGUGAGCAGCGUGCCCGUCUUUAACAGCAUGAGGAGGCGGGAGAUCCGCUCCUGGGGAGGGGUGGUGACGGUUGGCAUGAUCAUCUGUCUGUUCGUCUACACGGGCACAGGUGUCUGUGGCUUCCUAUCCUUCGGCUCGGAUGUUAGCCAGGACGUGCUGAUGUCAUACCCCUCCAACGACAUCGCGGUGGCCGUCGCCAGGGCCUUCAUCAUCAUCUGCGUGGUGACGUCCUAUCCCAUCCUGCACUUCUGCGGCAGGGCGGUGCUGGAGGGCCUGUGGCUGCGUUUCCGAGACGAGCCCGUGGAGGUGGACGUGGGGCGGGAGCGCCGGCGCCGGGUGAUCCAGACCGUCACCUGGUUCUUCCUCACACUCAUCCUCGCGCUCUUCAUCCCUGACAUCGGCCGUGUCAUCUCCCUCAUCGGGGGGCUUGCCGCCUGCUUCAUCUUCGUCUUCCCAGGGCUGUGUCUGAUUCAAGCCAAGCUGUCUGAGAUUCAGGAGGUCAGACCUGGGAGCUGGUGGGGGCUGGUGUCCUACGGUGUCUUCAUGGUGACCGUCGGAGCUUUCAUCUUUGGCCAGACCACGACCAGCGCCAUCUACCGUGACGUCAUCCACCACAACAGCCAAUAGGGAGCUGGCCGGGAGGAGGGAGAGGGAGAGGGAGAGGGAGGAGAGAGGAGAGAAAAAGGGGGAGAGCCGUAAGCAG